UGCAAUAUUCGAUUGACAAUUCCUACUAUACAUCUCGUUUGCACCAAUUGCUUUGCUGUCAAGGAGUUUUCCACAGUCUCCCUUACCAUUUUUUUACUUAAAGGUAGAAAAUUCCAGGAGUGUUUCUCGAUAACUUCACCAAUUUCUCCGAUACAAGAAGACAGUCCUUCGGAAGCAAAUAGACAAGUCAGACAAAGUCAGGAUGUCGCACUACAUGGACGAAAUUGCUCCUGAUGUCAUAUCGCCCCAUGAUACAAAGCCUACUGUAGACCAGCCUUUGAAGCACUUAGAUACUGUUAUUGCUUUAUAUGAUUUCCCAGGUACCCAACCUUCGCAUUUGCCAUUAAACCUUGGUGACACCAUCUAUGUUUUGUCAAAAUCCGACACGGGCUGGUGGGACGGUGUUCUUGUGGGCCAGACAGGAGAAUUGCAGAGAGGCUGGUUUCCUCAUCACUACGUGAGAUCUGUAAACUACGUGCAACCCGUUUUAAACAAGUUGAAAAGCAAUAAGGAGUUGGACUCCAUUACCGCAAGCAACACUGCGGCCAAUGUUUUGAUUCCAUCUUUUACCAAUCUCUUACAGAAGAACUUGAUCGACUCGGAAAAGAACACUCCAGCCAACAGCACGAGAAAGAACUCGGUGGUCAGUUUUGCCAGCUCUGAAACAAGCAUACCUUCAGACUCCAAAGGCAGUCUGCUUCCUAAGCAUCAUCUGGAGGCAUCUACUCAAUUUCUGCAACACCAACCGACAUCGAUUUCUCAUACUUUAACGUCAGCAGACUUCAACAACGAUAAUAUAAUCUUCACAGACGUUGAAGAAGCUGAGCAAAUGAUUUUAGAAUACAAAGAGAAAAACAAGAAGAAUUUAACAUGGAUUCCGAGAAAUACUACAAGUGGUGACUUUGUUUUUUACUGUGAACAAUUGAAUAUUUAUUGUCAAACAAUGCCCAUGGUUCCUUUUGAGCUUACUGACGUGACUGCUGAAGUUGAAAUGCCCAGCAAAGAAGCUUUAACAGAUAAAUUUGAUGUUCAAGUGUAUGGCACACGGUCAUCUUCAGGCGACAUUGGUUCUCGGGCCAAUUCUGCAGGUACUUUUGAUCCUUUGAAAAGAGACUCUAAUGCAUCCUCGGUUACCCAAAGCUCGGGGGCUUCUUCGUAUCAUCAUUUCACCAAGCCUUUCUUUUCUAUGGACAAUCUUUUUUACAAACAUCCCUCGGAUUUGACUCGUUGGAGUGAACUCAGAGAGCAGUAUAACUACCUCUUGGAUUUAUCAUCGAAAUCGCUCAAAGACCAUAAUAAGCAACUAUUUAGUACACACUUUUCGAGAUUAAAUAAGGUCAUGUCCAUAAUAUUGGCCACUUCUAGAUUAAAUCAAGAUGAUUUCUUCGGCACGAAGUACGAAAGAUCAAUUAGGAGAAAAUUGAAGAGAAUCGCAGGGGCAUUUGCUCAGUUGUACAUUAACGGUAUUCUUCAUUUAAGUGUGAUGCACCAUUCGCAAUCUACAUCAGAAGCUCAAUUAUUUAGUUUCGACAUCUUCAAAUUAAAUAAGUCCACAAGUAAAGCCGGAAGUGAAGCGUUUUCUGCUCACUCCUCCGUGUCUACCAUCCGUCAAAAUUCUAAUGAGAGUACAGUGCCUGCUUCAACUGGAGUUAAUCACGACCAGCAAGAAAUGAGUUAUCUUCUGCAAUUAGAAAAUGAUAUUGAAACAUUGAGAUCCAAUGUCAAUUCGUUGGUGAAGAUAUUUAUGAAAUUAUCUGAAGACAAAGUCGUGAAAAGAUCAGACUAUGAUUCGUCAGAUGCAUCCGAAGAUGACGGUCAAGACCGUUAUGACAUUUUACCCCAAACAUAUCCCAGGUUUAUUGUUGAUGAAUUCAAUGGAGGAAAUUGGUGCAACCCUUUCUUCACUACCAACAACCCUGUCUUGAAUGUCAGUGGGGAUGAUUUGAAGAACAGAUACCAUUCGAAAGUUAUAAUUGACCACCUGACAUACGAAUCUGUUUAUCAAUUGCUGGAAGAAAUGAUUAAAUUGAGUAAGGAAACACUAGAGUAUCUUAAACCGCAAGCACAGAAGCUUUAUUACAAUGAUGUAUUGAAGAACGAAAGAAAUACUCAGAUUUUGAGAUUGAUAUACAAGUACUUAUAUCAUGGAAGCUCAAUGGUAGAUCUUAUUGAGUCAUUUGAUUUUACUGUCUUUUGUUUGAUCAAUAGAAGCUCUUCUGGCGAGGAAGCAGACCCUGAAGGAGUGAGAAAUCAACUAAAUGAUGAAAACAACCAAAAGGAUGAAUCAAGAUCAACAAAUACGUCGAAUUUGACAUUUGAUUACCCUGUUGUUCUUGACUUCUUUCAAUUGAAGCAAGAAUUCCACAACUUAAUUUUGAGGAUAAUCAUGUCAACACAGUCUUUGACCUUGGAUGACCCGGAAGUAUUUAAGGCCUUGCGAGAUGAGGAUCCUUUGUUCUAUAACAGAGAUAUUUUGAAAUUGCAAACAGAAAAGGCUGCUCUCUUGUUAACUAAUAUAUUGGCCGAUCAAGUCAAUCCUAACAAGGGAGAUUCAAUUUCCUUAAAUCCAGAUACGCUUAUGUCUACUUAUUUAACUGAAGGAAUCAAGUUCUUUGAUGUGCUUUUGGGCACUAUUCAGCAAUUGAUUGAUGAACGUGAAACUAUAUUGAAUUACGCAACAAGGGUUAUGCAUGAUGACUUCAAUGUUCAGUUGUUGGUGAUUGAAAGAAACAACACGUUGUUAUCAGAGAAGUCAGAGGAUCAUUCCUACUAUAGUGGUGGUCACAAGAAGUCAAGUGACUUACCAUGGUAUUUGGAAGGAGAUGAGGAAUUUGAUUUACUAUUAGAUUUGAAGGGUAAUAUCAAGGGAGGAACAAAGGAGGCUUUGAUUGCCCACUUAACUCAUCAUGAUUUAUUUGAUAGUAAUUUCAAUGCCGCAUUUUUGUUGAUGUUUGCAUCAAUAAUGCCACUUUCAGAAUUUGUUGGAUUGUUGAUUCACCGUUUCAACUUGGAGGCUCCCGAGGGAUUAAGUUACGAAGAAUAUAACACUUGGAUCACAAAGAAGCAAAACCCAAUCAGAUUGAGAGUCAUGAAUAUCAUGAAACUUUUAGUUGAAAAACAUUGGUCAAAGUCAUACUACAAUGAGAGUUUGUUGAAGAGAUGGAUUGCAUUUGCUCAAUCUCCUGCAGUACAAUCGUACUCGAUUGGUAAGCAAUUGACAGGUUACUUGAUUAGAAUCUUGAAUGGAGAACUCAUCUAUAUUGAAAGGGAGCCAGUUAUUCCGAACACUAAACCACCUGCUUCAUUGACAAAGGGAUCAUCCUUGAAGAAACUCAAGUUAUUGGAUAUUGACUAUAUUGAGUUGGCAAGGCAGUUGACGUUGAGAGAAUUCAGAUUGUAUUCAAAGAUCACUAAGUUCACGUGUUUAGCAAAAGUUUGGGGUAAGAAGUCGGGAUUAAAUGAACGUUUUGAAAACAUCACUGCAUUCAUCAAAGCUUCCAAUCAGUUGACUAACUAUGUGGCAUAUAUGAUUUUAAGAAAGACCGAUGCUAAAAAGAGAAUUCAGGUUAUCAGAUACUUUGUUCAAGUAGCAGAAAAGUGCCGUCAAUAUAACAACUUUUCGAGUAUGACAGCAAUUAUUUCUGCGUUGUAUUCUUCUUCUAUUCAUAGAUUGAAGAAAACGUGGAAGUAUGUCAGUGCUGAUACCUUGUCGCACUUGCAAAGUAUGAACAAAUUAAUGAACUCUUCCAGAAAUUUCAAUGAAUAUAGAGACGUUUUGAAGUUUAUUGGGUCUGAACCUUGUGUUCCAUUUUUUGGUGUUUUCUUAACCGAUUUGACAUUUGUGUACCAUGGAAAUCCGGAUUAUUUGAUGAAUCGUACCAGAAUGAUCAACUUUGCUAAGAGAGCCAAGACAUGUGAAAUCGUUACGGGUAUCGACAGAUUUAAGACAACAGGGUACAACUUCCAGACGGUUCCUGAAAUACAGAAAUACUUGGAUUCGUGGUUUGACAAAUGUCCUACCAUCGAAGAACAAUAUCAAUUGUCGCUUAAUUUGGAACCAAGAGAAGGACAACCAUCUCAACAUUCUCAAAGUACAUCUUCGGCCGUUUCCGGAAGAGAUCUUCCGCUGUUUAGAAACUCGAAGAUGUCGUCUACAAUUACGAAUCUUGCACUCAAGUAGAGAUACUCGAGGUAUUUACUUCUGAUAAUAUAUAAGAUUGUAUAUAAUGAAAUACAGUAGAGAAUAGGUCA